GUGGCUGUCUGCAAGCAGCCCGGCCGGUCGGGAUGUGGCUGUGACAGGAGGAGGUGAUGCUCUGACUGCGGCCGAUGGGAGGCAGAGUGAGCCAGCCAAGAAUCACUGCUUCCUCUCCAGCCAUCCCUGAUACCCACAAUGCACAGAGACCCGCACCAAAAUAGCAAUCUGGACAGGUAACAGGGAGACCCUCACUACCUGCCGGGCUCACACACACACGGUUCCGGGUGCUUGGUUUAUUUUAGUACAUUUGGACAGAGGACUCGGCCGGGUUCCUGGGAUCGGCAGCUGCCCGGGAGGAGAGCCCCCCCCCAGGGGGUGAUUUAUGUAGAUCAGCAGCUCAGAGAGCCCCAGCAGCAUGGCAGCUACAGAGCUCUUCACAAAGCGGGCCCGCGUGUGGAUCCCAGAUCCCGAGGAGGUUUGGAAAUCCGCAGAGCUCAUCAAGGACUACAAACCCGGAGACACGGUUCUUCAACUCCGUCUUGAGGAAGGCUCGGACUUGGAGUAUCGUCUAGAUCCAAAAACAAAAGAGCUGCCACCACUAAGAAACCCAGAUAUACUUGUAGGAGAAAAUGACCUCACUGCCCUGAGCUAUCUCCAUGAACCAGCAGUUCUCCACAAUCUAAAAGUGAGAUUUAUUGACUCCAAACUUAUCUAUACUUACUGUGGAAUUGUUUUGGUAGCUAUAAACCCUUAUGAACAGUUACCCAUCUAUGGCGCCGACAUCAUCAAUGCGUACAGCGGACAGAAUAUGGGGGACAUGGACCCUCAUAUUUUUGCAGUGGCAGAAGAAGCAUAUAAACAAAUGGCCAGGGAUGAGCGGAAUCAGUCAAUUAUCGUGAGUGGGGAAUCUGGCGCAGGGAAGACUGUGUCUGCCAAAUACGCAAUGAGAUAUUUUGCUACUGUCAGCGGGCCUGCCAGUGAAACUAAUGUUGAAGAAAGAGUGUUGGCAUCCAACCCUAUAAUGGAGGCCAUAGGGAAUGCAAAAACAACAAGAAAUGAUAAUAGCAGUCGAUUUGGGAAAUACAUUGAGAUUGGCUUUGACAAACGAUAUCGGAUCAUUGGCGCCAACAUGAGAACGUAUUUAUUGGAGAAAUCCAGAGUGGUAUUCCAAGCAGAAGAGGAGCGAAACUAUCAUAUUUUUUAUCAGCUGUGUGCAUCUUCUUCUUUACCUGAAUUCAAGAUGCUCCGAUUAGGAAAUGCAAACACCUUCCAUUAUACAAAACAAGGACGCAGCCCCAUAAUAGAUGGAGUGGACGAUGCUAAGGAACUGAGGAACACAAGGCAAGCUUGCGAUCUACUAGGAAUUGGAGAUUUAUAUCAGAUGGGGAUGUUUAGAAUUUUAGCUGCUAUUCUACAUUUGGGCAACGUGGAAUUUAAGGCCCGCGAUUCUGACAGUUGUAUAGUCCCGCCAAAACACGUUCCUCUAGCUAUAUUCUGUGAUCUCAUGGGAGUGGAAUAUGAAGAGAUGGCUCACUGGUUGUGCCAUAGGAAGCUUGUUACAGCAGCUGAGACAUAUAUCAAGCCCAUAGCAAGGCUGCAAGCUGUGAACGCCCGAGAUGCUUUGUCUAAGCACAUCUAUGCCUACUUGUUCAACUGGAUUGUGUGUCAUGUCAACAAAGCGCUUCUUUCGUCUGCCAAGCAGAACUCAUUCAUUGGUGUCUUGGAUAUUUAUGGGUUUGAGACAUUCGAUAUCAAUAGCUUUGAGCAAUUUUGUAUCAACUAUGCUAACGAGAAGCUGCAACAACAGUUCAAUCUGCAUGUUUUUAAGCUGGAACAGGAGGAGUACAUGAAAGAACAAAUCCCAUGGACUUUAAUUGACUUUUAUGACAACCAGCCUUGCAUCAACCUUAUUGAGGCCAAAAUGGGCAUCCUUGACUUGCUGGAUGAGGAAUGUAAGAUGCCCAAAGGCUCAGAUAACACAUGGGCCCAGAAGCUGUAUAACACACACCUUAAGAAAUCUGUUUUGUUUGAAAAACCACGUCUGUCCAAUGUUGCAUUCAUCAUCAAGCACUUUGCAGAUAAGGUAGAAUAUCAAUGUGAAGGCUUCUUGGAAAAGAACAAAGAUACGGUGUUUGAAGAACAAGUUAAAGUACUGAAAUCAAGUAAGUUUAAGAUACUUACCGAGCUUUUUGAAGAAGAGGAGAAGAUCCUGAGUCCUACCUCUGCAACUCCCUCAGGACGUGUCCUGCUAUCACGCACUGGUCUGCGUGCAGCUAAACCCAAACCAGACCAAACGAGCAAAGAACAUAAAAAAACUGUAGGACAUCAGUUUAGGAACUCAUUACAACUUCUUAUGGAGACGCUAAAUGCAACAACCCCACACUACGUGCGUUGUAUUAAACCGAAUGACUUCAAGUAUCCAUUCACGUUCGACUCCAAGCGAGCGGUACAGCAGCUUCGAGCCUGUGGUGUUUUGGAAACCAUUCGAAUCAGUGCAGCCGGAUUUCCAUCCAGGUGGACAUAUCAAGAGUUUUUUAGUCGGUAUCGUGUGCUAAUGAAACAGAAAGAUGUCCUCAGUGACCGCAAGCAAACCUGCAAAAAUGUUCUGGAAAAGCUAAUUGUGGACAAGGACAAAUACCAAUUUGGAAAAACAAAGAUUUUCUUCCGUGCUGGGCAAGUGGCUUACCUGGAGAAAAUAAGAGCGGAUAAGUUGAGGCUGGCCUGCAUCCGAAUCCAAAAGACCAUACGUGGUUGGCUUUUGAGGAAGAAGUAUUUGUGCAUGAGGAAUGCUGCUAUUGCCAUCCAGAGAUAUAUCCGUGGAUACCAGGCACGAUGCUAUGCCAAAUUUCUACGCCAAACCAGAGCAGCUAUCAUUAUUCAAAAGUUUCAAAGGAUGUACGUGGUUCGACAGAAGUACCGGCAUAUGCAGUCCAUUACCCUGGCCCUUCAAUCAUACAUGCGUGGGUAUGCUGCCAGGAAGAGGUAUCAGGAGAUGCUUCGAAGACACAAAGCUACCAUUAUCCAGAAGCAUGUCCGUGGCUGGUUAGCUCGUGUCUCUUAUAAGAAGUCCAUACAAUCGCUGAUCUAUCUGCAGUGCUGCUUCCGCAGGAUGAAGGCUAGGAGAGAGCUGAAGAAAUUAAAGAUCGAGGCUCGCUCAGUGGAGCAUUACAAGAAGCUCAACAUCGGCAUGGAGAACAAAAUCAUGCAGCUGCAGCGUAAAGUGGAUGAGCAGCAUAAAGACAACAAAUCAUUGGUGGAGAAGUUAAGUCACCUGGAGACAACAUCCAAAACUGAGAAAGACAAACUGCGUAAGGAAGUUGGUCGAUUGCACCUGUGUGAAGAGGAAGCUAAAAAUGCCACCAAUCGCGUUGCCAGUCUUCAGGAAGAGCUUGAACGUCUCAGAAAAGAGCUGGUGCAAACUCAGAGCGAAAAAAAGACCAUCGAAGAAUGGGCCAAUAAAUACAGGACAGAUAAUGAAUUGCUUGUUUCGGGGCUCAAAGAGGAGAAUGCCUUACUGAAAAUAGAAAAGGACGAACUCAAUCAGCUAAUCCAGGAUCAAGCUAAACGAAUGACUGAGGCCAUGGAGAAGAAACUUUUGGAAGAAACAAAACAAUUGGAGCUGGAUCUCAAUGAUGAAAGGUUUAGGUAUCAGAAUCUGCUUAAUGAGUACAGCCGUUUAGAGGAACGCUAUGAUGAUCUUAAGGAUGAAAUGAACACCAUGACCCUUCCAAAACCAGGGCACAAGCGUAGAGAUUCCACUCACAGCAGCAAUGAAUCAGAAUACACUUUUAGCUCUGAGGUCACGGAAUCAGAAGACUUUCCUUACAGACACGAGGAGCCAGUGGAUAAAAAAGCACCACUCGAUAUGUCUCUGUUCCUGAAGCUUCAGAAACGCGUGAAAGAGCUGGAACACGAGAAGCAAAUUCUUCAAGAUGAUUUGGACAAAAAGGAUGAACAAAUUAUCAAAGCCAAGAGUAAGGAGAAUGCAACAUCUCCCGUGAGAGGUACCGAAUUCGAGUAUGAAUCCCUCAAGCGCCAGGAACUUGAGUCUGAGAACAAGAAGUUGAAAAAUGAACUGAAUGAACUCCGCAAAGCUAUCACUGAGAAGGCUUCUCCGGAUGUUGCUGGUCAAGGGCAAUCUGUCUAUAAGGUUCUUUUGGAACAAAUGCAAUCAGUCAGUGAAGAACUUGAGGUGCGCAAAGAAGAAGUCCUAAUUUUGAGGUCUCAGCUGGUGAGCCAGAUGGAGGCAAUUCCUCACAAGGACGAUAAGGAUACAAUGACGGACACCAUGGCCAUCUCUGAGGAUGUCCAGAAGAUGAAAGACAGACGAGAAAUAGCCCAGGCGUAUACAGGCAUGAAAGAAACCAACAAAAUUCUACCUCAAGACUACGAAAUGCUGAAUGAGGAUGGAGAGCUCUGGCUGGUGUAUGAAGGGUUAAAACAGGCCAACAGAGUUCUAGAGUCUCAACUACAGACUCAGAAAAAGUGUUUCGAGAAUGAAGUGGAAUCGAUGAAGGGAGAGAUCCAGAGUCUGAAGGAAGAGAAUAACAGACAGCAGCAGCUCCUAGCUCAGAACCUGCAGCUUCCUCCUGAAGCUCGCAUCGAGGCCAGCUUGCAGCAUGAGAUCACCAGACUGACCAACGAAAACCUGUUUUUUGAGGAGUUAUAUGCAGAUGACCCCAUGAAGUAUCAGUCGUACCGGAUUUCACUUUACAGACGGAUCAUUGAUCUGAUGGAGCAACUAGAAAAGCAAGAUAAGACUGUCCGAAAACUGAAAAAGCAACUAAAAGUGUUUGCCAAGAAAAUUGGGGAGCUGGAAGUUGGUCAAAUGGAGAACGUAUCUCCUGGACAGAUAGUGGAUGAGCCCAUUCGUCCUGUGAAUAUUCCACGCAAGGAAAAGGACUUCCAAGGAAUGUUGGAGUAUAAGAAGGAAGAUGAGCCCAAACUCGUAAAGAACCUCAUUUUAGAGCUGAAGCCUCGUGGAGUUGCAGUAAACCUCAUCCCAGGCUUGCCGGCAUACAUCUUGUUUAUGUGUGUGCGCCAUGCGGACUACCUUAACGAUGAUCAGAAAGUGCGCUCCCUGCUCACGUCAACUAUUAACGGCAUUAAAAAGAUUUUGAAGAAAAGAGGUGAUGAUUUCGAAACCGUGUCCUUCUGGCUUUCAAACACCUGCCGGUUCCUGCACUGCUUGAAACAAUACAGCGGAGAAGAGGCCUUUAUGAAGCACAAUUCGACACGUCAGAACGAGCAUUGUCUGACCAAUUUUGACCUUGCUGAAUACAGGCAGGUGCUGAGUGACCUGGCCAUCCAGAUUUACCAGCAGCUUGUUCGUGUUUUGGAGAACAUCUUGCAGCCCAUGAUUGUUUCAGGAAUGUUAGAGCAUGAGACUAUUCAAGGUGUCUCUGGGGUGAAACCCACUGGUCUGCGGAAGCGGACAUCCAGCAUAGCUGAUGAAGGAACGUACACCUUGGACUCCAUAAUGAGGCAGCUGAACACAUUCCAUUCUAUAAUGUGUCAGCAUGGGAUGGACCCAGAACUCAUCAAACAAGUUAUAAAGCAAAUGUUCUACAUCAUUGGAGCAGUCACACUCAACAAUCUUCUUCUGAGAAAGGACAUGUGCUCCUGGAGCAAGGGGAUGCAGAUACGGUACAAUGUGAGCCAGCUGGAAGAAUGGCUGCGUGACAAGAAUCUGAUGAACAGCGGGGCGAAGGAGACACUGGAGCCAUUAAUUCAGGCCGCUCAGCUGCUACAAGUGAAAAAGAAAACGGAUGAGGACGCUGAAGCCAUCUGCUCGAUGUGCAAUGCGCUCACUACUGCUCAGAUUGUCAAGGUGUUGAACUUGUAUACUCCGGUAAAUGAGUUUGAAGAGAGAGUCUUGGUAUCAUUUAUUCGUAACAUACAGUUACGUUUAAGGGACAGGAAAGACACACCUCAGCUGCUAAUGGAUGCUAAACACAUCUUCCCUGUCACUUUUCCUUUUAAUCCAUCAUCCCUUGCUCUAGAAACAAUCCAGAUACCAGGCAGUCUUGGUCUUGGCUUCAUCGCCCGUGUGUAAAUACUUAUGGUCACCCAGUAAGGAAAUACUCUCCGACAUCAGCUUCACUGCUACAUGUUCCUAACCCUGAGCAAUACUGGAAGCACCUGGAAAUCAUUGUCGAAUCAUUUAACAUUAAAGAACAAUCUCUAUAACCCAUGUGCUACGUGUAAGAGAUCCACUCUACAGGUUGCACUUGGUAUGAUCCAUUAAGGGUAUGGUAUAAAAAAUGACCAUUGACCUCAAGUGACAUUAUUGCUCAUUUACUGUAUACAUCAUCAUUCCGUUGAUGGAAGGACAUAAGGCUUCAAAGGAAGAGAAAUAUGUAUUAGUGGAAAACACCUAUUAAAUACCCGAACCGGGAAGCAGGUGAUGGUGUGCUACGUUAGACUAUUUAGUCAUCUGUCUAUUUAUCUUGACACAUUUGUGCCAAUAGCCAAACAGCAACCCUUAUUUAUGUAAGUUUAAGAAACAAAACUAAAAAUGAAAAAAAAAAAUAAUAAUAAAUUGAUACAAGUAUUGAGAAAAAUAAGUCAUCUAGUGCGUAUUGUAGAUGUAUGUAUGUUAGCACUGUGGUUUACUAUGCACAUUAAAUUGCUGCUGUGUAUUGUGUUCCUCUAAUGUUACAAAAUCUGUACUAGUAGGCACUACAUAAUAAAAUAUUCAUCUCUUUACAAUCCAGUAUGUAUAUAGUCCAAUGUGAUCUGUUAUUAGUGUAAGUCACAUUAUUGGAACAAUAGUGAAUAUUGAAAAGAAAAAUAGGCACUUUAAGCACAUUAGUGUACUGACAACAUAAAUAUUUAGAAAUUAACUAAAAGCCUUAAAGAACAAGCAGUAGAUAUCCAUCCUAUACAGAACAUCUGAGAUCUUUAGAAGACAUUUCUGGUCAAAUACCAUACUUGUCCUUUUGUUGUUGCCAUGUUUGAUGUCAUUAUUGCAUAUUUCAGUUUGUCAGAUGUUUCGAUUUCCUUUCUGCCGCUAUAAUUUCUGCUUUGUUUUGUGUUAAUGUUGGUUUUGAUAUGUUUCAAGCUGUUAAGUUGUAGCAUUGUGGAUUUCUGUAUGCUAUUAUUUAUUCAUACCAAUGGAGUAUUAUCAUUUGAAAUGCAAGGCCAGAGAGAUUUUACAUCAAUACAACACUACGUUGCUCGGUUAGCCGUCCAGUUUGAGAGCAUACCAAUAUUACAUUCCCGGCUUUGUGCCCAACACGUUUCAAGCACAAGGUAAAUACUAGCAAAUAAAAUUUUAAGGUAAUAUUCUAGCUGAAUGAAGUUGUUAUAGCUUGAUAAGCAGCAUGAACGUUCACGCACCUCUAGGUUCUAAACAUUUAAUAGUCGUAUAAUGCAUCACCUACUACUUAAACAUUUAUAGGAUUUAAAAUAAGCAUGGCUCCUGGUAUUUAUAGCAGUACUUCAUAUCUGUUGGUAGAACUUUUGAUUUAUGAGAGGGAAGAGGAUGCAAAGAUGCAAAGAUACUGCCCCCUCACCCCACCACCUCCCAAAGAAAACUGAUUAGACAAUCCAACAAUUUGCUGGAAGGGAGGCCUGAUAGCCACACAUUUGUGCUAGUUGAUGGAUAUUGAACCUUUUCAGAACUUUGUUGCCAUCACUCUAAAUAAAUAAUAACAAAUUGUCCUACAUUAUAGCCAGCACGAAGAUAUUUGUAUUUCCACAAAACUUGUAUUUCAAUUCGAUUCAAGACAAUCUAAUUGAACACAGGCAAUUCAUGUUUCAUGCUAGAAAUUUCAAUCUAUUUAUUGUUUUCCAUGCUUAAUCUGUAUGUUCUUUGCUGUUUUUGAUUAAAUAUUCUUAUUUGAGAGAAAACCACGUUUUAAGUCACAAUCCAUGACCAGUGUGUUUGCAUUGCAAAUUUUGGGGCCUUGUUUUGGUCUAAUGUAGAAAAUGACGCCUACUCAGGGUAUAUACAUUAACACAUUAAAACUGUUUAUUUGUUUUCUUUGUUUUGUUAUCUAGAAACAAACUUAUAGAAAAAUGGUAGAAUCAAUUUUCAUGUACUCCUUUAAGAGUGAACAGCGGAGGCAAAUAUUUAUUUAUUACAUUGGAAUGCAGAAAGCAUUUCACAUGGAACAUAUUUCCACUAUACUAAUGUUCAUAACAAUAUGUUCUUUCUGUCUGUGUUUAUCUGAAAGUGGACCUCUCAUCUAAGGGAACCGCUACCAUAACACCUUUAGCACCUGUUGCAUCACUUUACCAACAUUGCAAUCUGGUCCUUAAAUAUGUUAGUAAGGAUUUGUGUGAACAAAGCAUUCUGUUUUGGUAUGGGAUCCGUAAAGGUCAACAUAGGCCAUAAUUAGAACCUUAAGGGUUAAACAUAUAUUUUAUAUAUAAAAUAACGCUUCAACAUUAACAUACCUUGCUCAGAACAUGUUCUACAUCAUGCAUAGUUGAAAACUAUGUUAGAGGAUUACUCCGUGCACCAUGACCACUUCACUGUUUUGAAGUGUUCAUGGUGGUUGAAGUCUGUAUGUGCAGCGUUUUGCUAUGAAACAUUGCACAUACAGAGUUUACCCUUCUGCUGACGGAGGUGAACUCCACCUUCAGGAGCAUCACUGGGGUGUCAUUAGCCAGCCUAGAACAGGAGUUCUGGGCUGGCUCAUGUAAGUUAUGGGAAUGUUUGGCAUCUGUCUUCAUCACGCACAGCCAUCUGGCGACGGACAGCCAGUGGUGGCACAACCUCCUCUCCGUGCGCCCAUGUCCUUCCCACAGCCUGCCUUUUCUGACUUCAGUCACCCAUCAGAGAGUGAGUGACAUGAGCAGAAGAACUAGGUCUUGUUACUAGAAUGGA